AUGAGUAGCGGUGGGGCUUCAAAUGGGGUGCAUUUCCGUGGUGUAAGGAAGAGGCCAUGGGGGAAAUUUUCUGCAGAGAUUAGGGAACCUGCAAGCAAGGGCCGGAGAUGGCUUGGAACUUUUAACACGGCGGAGGAAGCCGCCAGAGCCUAUGAUGCCGCCGCCUGGAGGUACCAUGGUGCGAAGGCAAAGAUGAAUUUCCCUAAUGAGAGGAUUAACGUAAAUGGCGGUACAUGUAUUAUGCAUGGGAGCGGUGGUUCUCGGAGCUCUAGCCAGAGCAGCACCGUUGAGUCGUCCAAUCGGGAUGCCAUCGCCGCCGUGCCUAAGCCGGUGGAAUCCAGUCCUUUUGACUUGACUCUGGCUCCUCCUAGAAGCUUUCCCAUUGAGAAAUAUUAUCCGCAGCGCCGCUUGACAUCGGCUCCUUCUCUCGGCCAGCCGAUGAGGUCUCACAUUCAAAGUCCGCCUCAGCGUCACCUCCCUGUCGCUCCCAAUCAGGAUCAGCAAGCGAGGGCUCCCCGAAAGUACCGCCGCCGUCCCAGCACUCCGGAGCCAGAGCCUGAACCGCUACCAUUAGGUCUUUAUCUUUCCGAUGAAGCCAAGGAAGAAAUCGCCGAAUUCAUCCGCGCAAAGAUCCGGGCAGGUACUAUGCAAUUGCCGCCUACAUCAUCCGACGAAGAAAUGGAUUUUGAUCUGAACGAGGCACCACCGGAGGAGGAUUGA